CCUACGGGGGAGUAUGUCUCUUGCGUUCUUUGGCGGAAUCUCUUCCACAUCACUGGCACAGAUAUCGUUCGUGGCCUGACUUAUCGUUUCCAGGCAUUUGGGCGCCCAGUCAGGAACAUCAAGAAAUUUGAGGAAGGCAUCUUUUCAGAUUUGCGCAACCUCAAGAACGGCACGGAUGCAUCGCUCGAGGAACCCAAGUCUGCAUUUCUUGACCUCCUCUACAAAAAUAACUGCAUUCGCACACAAAAGAAGCAAAAAGUAUUUUACUGGUUCAGUGUGCCGCAUGAUCGCCUCUUCCUAGAUGCGUUGGAGCGCGACUUGAAACGCGAACGUAUGGGCACAGAAUCGACGACGGCAGCUGUUGCUGAACCUGCACUGUCUUUUGUCUUUGACGCUACUCAAUCG